AUGGAUUCAAGCGCAUCUGAAGAAGAUGAAAACUGUCUCUCCUGUAGAAUCUGCAGAUUCCAGGAAGGCCUUGGCCUUCCCACUCCAACCAUCGCCGACCUUGACGAUCUGCGCACUCAGUCACAGGCCUUCUCGAUCAGUAUCUUCAGACACUGGAUCCUCCUGAACACGAUACUCAAGCGUUUCGAGGCCCAGAUCCAAAAGCGAUGGACUAAGCGCAACAACCAUCAAAGACUGGCAGUUCUGCUACAAGCCUGGCCACACAUGGCAGCCACCCAUCGCCCUGAAUUCGCGACUCUGCGUAAGGUCAGCGUGAACAACAACAAGCGCCGUCCCAACCAAGCCAGAGAAAAGGAGGCUUAUCUUUGGCCUUUCAUCAACCAGGAGGAUCUGGUUCAAGCUCACAACCUUCUGAUCUUUCUCAACUCUCGCGGACGCCACCUUCCUGAUAAGUUUGCUUUCGGCGAUCAACACCAAGCAAGCAUUGGCAAGCCAUGUGGCACGACCGAAGUCGACAAAUAUAAGAUGUCGCUCCACGGACAAAAGUCACCCAAAACUUAUGGCUCGCUUAUCCUUCGUGACGCAGGAGACAAGAUCCAGCAACAAUUGAGACUGGAGCCUGCUGCCGGCCUCCAAGUCCUCGAGGUACAGGAACGCAUUCUUGAUUUCCUCGUCAAAUGUUGUCGACUCAUCUUGCAUGACAUGGAUCUUAAUCAACUCAACCUUGUCGACACUAAGCCUGCCCCGCCCCAGAUCAAGCCUACCUUGCCUGUACACACCGUCACUGCCAUGGCUGAACUUGCGCCAUAUCGCUUGCCACAACAACUUGACCUGAAACGACUGAAAGUGCUUGUUUCGGCAAGGCGCGAGGAGGCCGAGGAGCACGUUUGGGCUUUACGUGAGGACCCUGGCUACUUCGCACAGAUCAUGAGAGAUUGGUCAGAACAUUCGCCAUUUAUGGUCCCUGACAAGUUCAAGAAAGUCCACGUCAUGGUUGGCGAGCCUGCGUUCUGGGACAAAGUGGCCACCAAAAUGAUCUUCCACGCUUACAGCAGCUUAAUCUUCUUCGCUACUGUUGAAGAUGCUGUGAACAAGGCUCAAGAAAAGCUCGAUGACUACAGUCACAAACUUGAGUCGUCGUCUAGCCUUCCAUCGGAGAUCGAGCAAUGGUUCCAGAGACUGGAUUAUAUCGUCCAAGUCGUGGCCGACAAGCCCCUGCGUGAUCUGACGGUCGGGUUCCCUGCGUCACCACCCAUGCGUUAUGGUCAUGAGCGAUCAGCGUCUGACUUGAGCCCCACGUUUGACACACUGAAGAUCAAGAUGGGCAGAUUGAGUGCAGGAUGGAGGGUUCAGGUGCUCUUCAAAACUUUGCUCAGUCCUGAGCAGCAAAGAAAGCAUGGCUUGAACAACACAGUCGAGGAGAUUCAAAGAAUGUUGGACGAGCACAGCAAUGACAGCGAUCUCAUCUCUAGCUGGGUGGCCGACAGAUUCUCCGACCUGGCACUCAUGUCGGAAGCCAGACGACAGCUUGGCCUGUUCCAGCCAUGGUGUAUCGCUUGGCGAACCAAGUCUUUCAUCGAGGAGGAUGCUCCCUACUUCUUCAGCAUGGUUGAAUGUGUACACGAAUUCACUUCGUGCGCUGUGCUUGAUGCAGCCGAUCCUGCGUUCUAUGCAUACCCUUCUGACAAACGCAGAACACGUGAAACUGUCGCACAAAUGCGUCUCGCCGAAAAGCGUCUGGACAAAUUCUGGGCUACGGUAGACAACCACUGCGAGGUGCACACAUCCUACUCGACCCUCCGUCUUCUCAUGGACUUCUUCAACGAUUGGAAUCGAAAGAUCCACAGAACCAAGCGUUGGGUCGAACCGAAGGAGAUUGAAUGCAGCCCCAGUCAGCAACUCGCAGAUGACAAGGAUGAGGAAACCGGCCUGCCUCUGCACGUAUUCGAUCCCAAUGCACGCUGUGCUCACCCCAAGAAGAGUGAGCUGCUAGGAGGCACCACUCCACAGAAGGUCAAAGCCAAGACUAGACCGGAUGGCUACACGCCCUCUCCUAUGCAGGAAACACGCAGAGACUCGGCAACAAGCACCGAUGACAAGAAUGAGACUGAGGUGAAGAAGAUCAAGGUUAACAAACGAGCUUUCAAGGUCUUUUCUACCAUGUUCCACGUACCUUCGGCCACCGAGCAGCAGAACACUGGAGAAGUUGCCUGGUCUGAAUUCUUGUAUUCGAUGAAGAUGAUCGGGUUCUCUGUCGAGAAGCUGUACGGAUCUAGUUGGCAGUUUACGCCCGAUACGAUCGACUUGCAGCGAAGCAUCCAGUUCCAUGAACCCCACCCUCGUGCCAAGAUGUGGUACUGGCUUUCAAAGGCAUACGGUCGCAGAUUGCACAGAGCCUAUGGCUGGACUGGAGAUACGUUUGAUCUGGAGUAA